GUGAAACUCUGAAGCUGUCUGUUUUCACAAUGGCAUUUAGCAAACGUGCAGGAGAUUUUAUGGAGGAAUUUAAUUGCUCAGUUUGCCUUGAACUUUUAAAUGUUCCAGUGAUACUGGUGUGUGGGCACAAUUUCUGCAGGUCUUGUAUUGACAGAGUUUGGGAGACAAUGAAACAGCCCUUCUGUCCUUACUGCAGACAGGAAUGCACAGGCAAGAUAUAUGCAGUGAACAGACAACUAGCAAAUGCAAUUAAGAGAGUAAAAAUACAAUGUCAGGAAGAAGGACCAGACCCACAUCAGAAAGACCAUCUCUGUAUGGAACAUAAACUAAAGCUUGAGUUGUGCUGUGAAGAGGAUGAAUGUUUGGUUUGCUCACUGUGUGUUCCAGAACAUCCUGGUCACACCUUCUUUACAGUGCAGAAAGCAUUUGGAAUGUACAAGGACAAACUGACAACAUCUCUAUCUCAUCAGCAGUCAGGUCUGAAGCACUUUGAAGAAAUAAAGUGCCAGCAAGAAAUGAAGAUAUCAGAAAUCACAGAUGAUGCUAGAAGUUUACAGUUACACGUAACAUCAGAAUUUGCCAAGCUUCAUCAGUUCCUCAAGGAGAAAGAAGAAAAUCUGAUCCAGCAGCUGAAGGAGGAAGAAACAGGAAUUCUGAAAAAGAUGGAGGAGAACCUGACAAAAAUUAAAGAAAACAUUAAUGCCUUUCAGGAAUCAGUCUCUAAUAUUCAGUUACAGUUGCAGCAGCAGGAUGCACUGGCAUUUCUAAAGGAAAUCAAGUCACCUAUACUGAGACUCUCAAAAGACCAGAAAGAGACUGAUGUCCCAAAUAUUGUAGCCCAAAAAAUGAGUCUCGGGGUGUACAAAGGCCCCCUGCAGUAUGGUAUAUGGAAGGAAAUGAAAUCUAUCCUUAAUCCAGGUCUCGCUAAUCUUGUACUGGACACUAAAACAGCACAUCCUGAUCUCAUUUUGUCUAAGGGCCUGACCAGCAUAACACUUGGUAUUAAAAGGCAGAAUCUCCCUCACUGCCCACAGAGGUUUGAUGAAUGGCUCUGCGUGCUGGGAUCAGAGGGAUUCAUGUCAGGUAGGCACUACUGGGAGGUAAAGGUGGAGAACAAGACUGGCUGGUGUUUAGGUGUCACCAGAGAGUCUAUCAACAGAAAAGGAGCCAUCAUCAUGAGCCCUGAGAAUGGAUACUGGACUUUGUGCCAUAGCGGGAAUAUAUAUAAAGUAUGUGAUACAACACCAAAGGAUCUCAGACUCUGGGAGAAGCCCCAGAGGAUUGGAAUGUAUCUGGACUAUGAGGGGGGACAAGUGUCAUUUUAUAAUGCUGCCAACAUGUCCCAUCUCUACACUUUCACUGACACCUUCACUGAGAGACUCUAUCCUUUUUUCAACCCUUAUAAUAAUAAUGGGGGUAAAAAUGCAGCACCCCUGAAGCUCUUUCACUUAAAAUUAUAGUUCUGACUGAAUGUUGACUUACUGACAUGGAUAAAAAAUGGUUCUGCUGUAUGAAAAGUAUGUUUGUAAACAAUACAAAAAAUUAAGCGGAUUUACUGUCUGACAGUCUUUAUAUGAUGGGAGAAUAUUGAAGAAUGACAGUCUUCACAGAAAAAAGAAACAAAGGCAAAGUACUUUUUGAGAAGAUAUUCUGUAAAAUAAAUAGUGAUGCUGUUUAACUUUA